UUGUGCACAGCGUAAUAUCUCACCAUUUCAGAGAAGGCAAGAUGAACUCGACAGCAGAACCAAACGUACAAAACUUGUUUCGCGACCAGAUGGCAGUCAAAGCGAUAAUGACUCUUCUCUACGUUAUCAUCUUAAUCCUAAGCAUCGUAGGCAAUGCUUUGGUCAUAACAAUAAUUUGCAGGUUUAAACAUUUGAAGCGCGUUCCCGGCAAUCUUUUCAUUGUGAAUCUCGCUUUGUGCGAUUUGCUUACCCCACUGAUUAGCAUUCCUCUUGAAAUGGCGUUGGUAGAAAACAGUGGCAAGUGGCCAUUCGGGUCCUUCUUGUGCAAGAUGUUUCCAGUGGCCGCAACUUUGUUUGCGACUUCUUCAUCCCUCACACUGGCAGCAAUCUCACUGGAUCGAUACAGGACACUGAUGCAUCCAUUCAAGCAGCGUUUGGACACAAGAACCGUCAAGAAGCUUAUUGCGUUUGUUCACUGCUUUUCAGGGAUCUUGGUCAUUCCCUAUUUGAUAACCUCGCGAUUGUCACCAAAUUCCGUUUGUGGAGAAGUUUGGCCUAACGAAGUCCUCUCCAAGAUUUACACAUUUGUUCUGUUUCUUGCCCAGUACGCUCUCCCUCUGAUGUUCAUGGCCUUCAUGUACAUCCACACAGCAAGGAAUCUCUUCAUGACCACGAGCAAGGCACGUUCCUUAUCGUUUUCAUCUGCAUCGUCGAAGGAUAGAAGAAAUGGGUCACCAAAACCGGACAACAGUCCAAAAGCCUCAGAGGAUGGAAGCCUAAACAACACCCUAGAUAAACACUUUCGUCAGCACCGUGACCAUAACGCUCAAGUUACUAAAGUUUUUGUGGCCAUCGUUGUGAUAUUCGCUUUGUUUACGUUGCCCAUUGAGGUCCUAUGGAUUUGGGGAGACUUUGCUGGAGGGAAAACCCACAGACUCUACCCAACUAUAGCCGUCAUCUGCCGUCUUUUUACAUACGCCAAUAGCUGUUUGAAUCCAUUUAUCUUCUACAAGUUUAACCGCGAUUUUCACCAGGGGUUUGUGGCCGUCUCCAGACAUCUAUCCUCUUGCGGAGAUGAUAGCUCUCUGCAAUCCAACAGCAGUUCUCCCGUUGGAAAUGGAAAGUACGCUCCUUUGUGGCUGACACCACGUGGGUCAUUGAGCACACCAAGGUUUCUAACACCCAGAGGAUCAUUUCAAAGUAUUCCAAGACAUUCAGGGAACUUUUUGGAUCACCAGUCAAAUACAAAUCAUAACGGCAACAAAAUGAAAAAGUGCUUGGAUAUCCCUUCAAUGGACCAACCGUGUAGUCAUUCGAAAGCGACCCAUGUUUCGAACUAUCUCAGUGGAGAUACGCUGGGUUUCCCAGCUUUGAACAGUGCCUCGGAUCCUUGCAUUUCGAAUGCUAACUGCAAAAUAUCUAUAAACGUUUCCUUUUACGAAAGCGAUUUAACCAUCGAGUUGGACAGGUUAGAGUCACUUGCGGGUCUUCCCCAGACAGACUGUUAGUAAGGAAAUUAUUCGUGAGGUUUAUCAAAAUACUGAAAGAAUUUCUGAAAAUCAAAAUUUUUAGAAUGACAAGAGAAGGUUAAGUUGUGUCUCUCCGAAGAAACUGUAGCCUUAACCUCACCGUACCGUAAAUAUUUUGUAGAGCGGUAUUUUCAAAGGAAAUGCCCAGAACCUGCGUCAAUGUGACCUCAAAUACAACUUACUGACACAUUUUCAAAACAAUUUCUUAAUUAUUCGUGAUUCAAUUUUCAAGACGCUUAUAUAUUUGUGUGUAUGUGCGUGUGUGUGUGUGUAUAAGAUGGACCAUCUUGUUAUCACGACAAAAAGCUCGUAAUCUCCUC